AUGGACAUCCCUGAAUCAGUCCAACCAACAGUCAACAAGAUGGACAUUGAUGAUUCCCCUGUUGUCGAACCAGAACCCAGCGCCCCUUCAUCACCACCUCCCCCUCCUUCAAACCCUCGAUGCUCCAUCUGUCUCCACUCCCAAAGCCCAGGCCCAUCUUCUGCUUUCAUCUCCAGUGUCCACACUGCUAACACCUUAGACGACAUUGAGGAGGAUGUUGAAAAUGGUGAUGACAAAAUGCCUAGCAGGUCGAGUCCAAUUCCAGUGCUGUUAUCUGAAGCAAUCAGAAUGCGCAUUUCCAAAUGA